CAUAAAGCUUUGGUGCUUUUCCCUUGUCGUGUCGUUUGUCAGGACAAUCCAGCUGCACGAGAUAAGCAAUUUGCAUGUAGUUGAGGAGUCUGAAUGGCCACACGCGCCAGCUUAGCAAGGGGCACUGCGCCAAAGGAGGUCUUUGAGGGUCGGGUGCACAAAUGGGAGCGGCGAUGGCUGGUUCACAAAAAAGGAACGAUUAAGACUGAGGUGAUGCUGGAACUGCUGCGCUGGAUUGUUACUGAUGAGCGCUGUCCCGAGCUCACCGGGCCCCGCCAUCCACAUAUUAAGCCGUUGAAACGUCCUAUCAUAAAGCAACCUUCAAAGAAACCUGCGGAGCAAGCUGGCGAGCAGGCAGGCGAGCAGCAGGGCGCCGGGCAGCCUGCGGAGCAGGAUGCAGAGCAAGGAGGGGAACCGGCCACAGCUGCCGCCACAGAGGCCCCUAAGCAGGCAGCUGCCAUAGAUACGGAUAAGAACCCUCAAGAGCAACCUGCUGGGGCAGCUGGCGGUCAGACCGCCAUCGCUUUUGGCGGGGUGCUACAGCAGCCGCAGCAGCCGCAGGAGGGUGUCGCUGGCAGCAGAGCCGCGUUCGCAGACAACAGCGCUCCUCAAGGCGCUGGGGUCGCGAUUCUGACACCCCAGCAGGAGCCCAACAGCGCGGCCGAUGCGGGGCUUGAUCCACUGGUCACCGGGGCUGCUGAGCCCACGAAGGUUUUCCACGUAGCAUUCCAAUCGAUUGGCGACCCAACCGAAGGCGUGCCCCCGGGGCGCGAUGGGCCACCUGCGCCCGGCGAUGGGCAGCCGGCUGCGGCGCAAGACAUCGAAAUGGCGGACGCAGUGGGGCCACCUUAGCAGCGCGAGCCAGAACUGUGCGUGGUAGCCGGGAGCUUGCCGUGGCUACGGUACCCUUGCAUGAAGACUCGGGGAAAGGUGCUUGGUUUCGACGUAAUAUAGAUGCCGGAUGCCCCGGGCGACAUUUUUGUCAAUGAGGCCACGCCGGCCAGGCUUUUCAGGGCGAGUUGCAUGUGCAACUGGAUGCUUUUAGCAAAAAUGACGAGUCCGCCAGUGUGUACGGCAGCGUCGUGCUGGCAACCGUACGACAAAAACAGCGAGUAGCCUGUGAACCUCUAAGUGGAUAAUGAUAGACGGCCAGUGAGUGUGAGGGAAGGGGGCCAUGAAGGGUCAGGCCUUUUAUGGCUCUUGUUGUAUGACUGUCGUAGUUCCUUGUUGCCCUGGCUUCCUUCCUUCGCGGGUCGCCGGCAGUGCCUGUUAGAACGGGCCUUUAUGCAUGUGCAGUGGAUGGAGGAGAGGAAUGGGGAGAGUAAGAGGAGCGGUUACCAUGGUGGGUGCAACUCCACCAGCAUGGGCUGAGGCUGCGCAAUUUGGCGGAGGCUGCCGAUUUUGACGACCCGCCGCCAUUUUGGUUUGGGUAGCGGUCCUCGAUUCGGAGGUAUUGUACUAUAGGCGAGGAUGUGUUUUAGCCUGAAGCCAUGCAAACCCCUAGACACAGCAGUGCGCAAUGCUGAUCCCCAUGUUUCGCGAGCAGAAAGCAACAUAACUACCGCAAAGCGUCAGCUCGAGGUUUACACACACGCAUUUGUCGUUACGGACUCCAUGGACUAGGAUGUGUUGCAGGGAAAGGGCCUCGCGGCUCGGGGGUGUUCGCGUUGACAAGGGCAAAGGGAGGUAGCAGGGGCGAGAGCGAGUUGCGGGACCCGAAUGGGGCAUCAAAAGGUGUAAUUAAAUCGUGUGGUCC